AUGCCCAUCGGUCAGGAACAAUUGGAGAAAAUCUAUGCAGCGAAGGAGAAGGAGUUCUUCGAAAGGUUUAAUGCCAACCCGAAGAACACAGCUACGUGGGAUGAUUUUCAACGCAUUCGAACACUCGGUAGGGGCGCUUUUGGACGCGUCUUGCUGGUGAAAUACCGAAAUCAGGAGGAAUACUAUGCCAUGAAAGUCCUCUCAAAAGUGGAAAUUGUCAAGAGCCGACAGGUUGAAAAUGCAAUUAUGGAAAAGCGAAUUCUCGCUGCCUGUAACAUUCACCUGAUCCUUCGACUGGCCUUCAGCUUUAAAGACAACAGCUACCUCUAUAUGGUUACCGAGUUUGUAGUGGGUGGUGAGAUGUUCACAUUGUUGCGGAAUAUGCGCAGAUUUCCGGAAAAUAUGGUUAAAUUCUACGGCGCACAAGUUGUUCUCGCUUUUGAGUACCUCCAUCGCCUCACGAUCGCCUACAGGGACCUCAAACCCGAAAAUCUGCUAAUUACAGGUGAGGGUUUUCUGAAAGUUGCUGACCUGGGUUUUGCAAAACUGAUUCCGAAGGAUAAACGCACAUGGACUUUGUGCGGAACACCCGACUAUAUGGCGCCUGAAAUCAUCAUGAACAAAGGUUAUAGCUAUUCCGUGGACUGGUGGGCAUUCGGUGUUUUGAUGUAUGAGAUGACUACCGGUUUUCCGCCGUUUAUGCACCAAGAUCAAAUGAAGACAUUUGAGCACAUCAUAUCGGGAAAAGUAAAAUUUACCAACCAAUUUGGUCCGGAAAUCAAGGACUUAAUCAAGAACCUCAUCCAGGUUGACCUCAGUCGCAGGUUUGGCAACCUCAAGAAUGGCAUAAUGGACAUCAAGGAUCAUAAGUACUUUGCUGAUAUUGACUUCCUCGCCAUUUAUAACAAAGAAGUCAAAGUCCCCUACAAACCCAAUUGUAAAGGUCCCGGUGACACAAGCAACUUUGAGAAAUGGGAAGAGGAGACCUUGAAGGUUGCCGAUAGGCCAAAGUUCAAGACCGAAUUCGAGGCAUUUUAG